AUGCGGACCACGCCGGUGGCGGCGAUGGGGGUGCUGCUUGGCGUCGAGCCCCUCAAUCGGGUGGUAGUGGCGGCUGCGGCGACGGCGGCCUAUCGCCUAAGGUGUGAAUCAAGGUGGAAGGCAGGAGCCCUCCACACAAGAUUUCCUAAAGGAAUCCUAUCGGGCACCAUUUUUGCAAUUGGACAGGAUAGGAGGCCAGUGAUUCGUACCUUCGAAAGAGGGUACAGAAUAAGCUUUCCCGGGCGCUGGGAGUGGAACGGCUCUAAGGAACCGGUUCCUUGGGACGGGGAGGUCUGGUUCACAGACGGCUCCAGAACGAGUGCGGGCUCUGAAGCUGGUCUUUACUGCCAGCGCGACCGGGCAGGAAUCGUCGUUCUGCUUGGCGAGCACGCUACGGUUUUCCAGGCGGAGGUGUUAGCCAUCAUGAGAUGUGCCCAGAACCUAUUAGAGUCUGAUAGGGCGCUUGAGGGUCUAAGGAUUAACUCGCGACUGGUCCGGGACUGCAAGUGCGUACUGGACGAGUUGGCGGAGAAGAAUGAUGUUGGCCUAAUAUGGGUCCCUGGGCACGCAGGGAUCAAGGGCAACGAAAUGGCGGACCUGCUUGCUAAGGAGGCGGCCGAAACAAGGCUGUUGGGACCUGAGCCGGCUGUUGGGAUCUCCUUCUGCUUAGGCAGGGGGAGGAUCAGGAGCUGGCUCCGGGACCAGCAUCUUGAAUACUGGAAGGAAGAGACAGAGAGCAAAUGCAGACAGGCUAGGGUCAUGCUGGGGGAAUGCCUUAGCAGGAACCUGGCCAGGAGCAUAAGAUCUUUGGGCAGAGGGGACGCCAGGCUCGCGACACAGCUGCUCACGGGCCAUGGUGACCUCAACUACCAUUUGCACAAACUGGGUCGUAGUGAUACGCCCAGCUGUAGGUUAUGCGGUGAAGAGGAGGAAACUAGCCUCCACAUUCUUGGGAACUGCCCAGCAUUGGUCGGACCAAGAACACGCCUGCUGGGCUCAGGUUUUCUGAAACCGAACCAGGUGAGGCAGCUGCCUGUGGGGGAUUUGCUCCGCUUUUGGAAGCAAGCGGGGCCCCGCUAG